GGGGCGGAGACUUCGAGUAGAUUCCCGAAAGCAAACACUCCAGGGUAGAGUACUUGGGGCGCAUGCGGCAACCGUGCCUUUGCUCUCGCGAGGCUUCGUCUUUCCGGAAGCACUAGAGGACGGCCCUUGUGAACGGCGUCGGGAUGUGUGGGGGCUGUGUGGAGAAGGAGUAUCCCAACCGGGGUAACAUCUGCCUGGAGAAUGGAUCUUUCUUGCUGAACUUUACAGGCUGUGCAGUGUGCAAUAAGCGGGAUUUUAUGCUGAUCACAAACAAAUCUUUGAAGGAGGAGGAUGGAGAAGAAAUAGUUACCUAUGAUCAUCUGUGUAAGAAUUGUCAUCACGUAGUAGCCAGGCAUGAGUACACGUUCAGUAUCAUGGAUGAAUUUCAGGAGUAUACCAUGCUGUGUCUGUUAUGUGGCAAAGCUGAAGAUACUAUCAGUAUUCUCCCUGAUGACCCUCGACAAAUGACUCUGUUAUUCUGAGGAUCCCUGCAGUUCUUCAGUAACUAUGUUGUGUUGGUUUACAAUAUAGCAAGCCUGAUGGUUUGUCUUACUUAGUUUAUAAUGGAAAUUAGUUGCAUAUUUUUUUCUGCUUAGACUUAACUAUCCUUAGAAAGAAAAAGUAAUUUAGGGGAUUAUGCUGAGCUCCUCUGCUAAAGUUCCCAGUUCACAUCAGAAUGAAGCCAGAAUGAAGAAUCUCUGUUAGAAGUUAUAUGGCUGGAAGAUAUAACUAGAAUGGGAGUAUACCUAAUGCCCACAUCUUGGUUCCAAUAAAAGGAACCAGGACUCCUUG